CAUUCGUUACUCCCUCCAACUUCAUUUUUUUUUUCCUCGAGAAAAAAAAAAAAAAAAACUACGGAGCAAAAAUAUGGAUUCUCGGGAAAAUUUUCGAAGAAAACCGCAGAAAUCUAACCUUCGGUGAAAAUGACUACUGCGAUAUCAGGUUUCUUCCGCUGCCGUUCAUCGGAAUUUCUUUUAGGAUGUUCGCUUCUCCAGGAUAUUUGUAUUCGAGCUUGUCAGAAGAUUUCUUUCAACAUUUCAAAUCUUCAGAUAACCUAUUUUCAGAGGCAUUGGGAGUACCGUGGGAAACUAGAAUUUGAUAGUAUGCCGAAUAUUCUAAUAGAUUCUAGGUUGUUAGUAUAGUUUUCAGGAGGAACUAGAGAUUUUCUAAAGUUCCUAUGCGAUCAAGGGUACUGGUUUUCAUGGUUAAAAAUGUUUCCCAGUAUGGAGCGAGUGACCUUUUGAUGUAGUCUAGAGUUCAAGGAUUGCAAAUUGGUUUUAGUCACUGGGUUUUUGUAGAUUUAGGGGGCUAACAAUGCCCAUUGCAAAGGUAGCUCUAACUCCAGAAUAUGAAGAACCUUUGAAUCAUCCUGCUAAUCUUACAAGUCAAAACAAUAUGGGUUCGAGUGAACCAAUCGUGAUUUACCUCACUGUCAAUGGUUCUGUGAUUCCCAUGCGAAUUAUGGAGUCCGACACCAUUGCUUCAGUGAAGUUGAGAAUCCAAGCUUCUAAAGGCUUUUUUGUGAAGAAACAAAAGUUGGUAUUUGAAGGAAGAGAACUGGCUCGGAACAAUUCUUGUGUACGAGACUAUGGAGUUUCUGAUGGAAAUGUGCUGCAUUUGGUGCUUAGGAUUUCAGAUCUCCAAGCAAUUACUGUUAAAACUGUAUGCGGGAAGAAGUUUGAAUUCCACAUUGAGAAGAGUAGAAAUGUUGGUUAUGUGAAGCAGCAAAUUGCUAAGAAAGGGAAAGGGCUCAUUGAUAUCAAAGACCAAGAACUGAUAUGUGAUGGCGAGGAGCUUGAAGAUCAGAGACUCAUUCAUGAUAUUUGCAAAAUAAAUGAUGCUAUGAUUCACCUGCUGGUAAGGAAACCUGCCAAAGUAAGGGCGAAACCUAUUGGAAAGGAUUUUGAAGUGUCUAUUGAUGCAUCAGAUUACCUUGAGAAUAGGACUAAUUUAGUGAGAGAAUAUCAAUGGGGAAAAAAAUGUUUAGUUGGGAAGAUCAUAAAGAGUAAGCAGUUGCAGAGAGAUUUCCUUUUGGAACCUCUAGUUAUAAGUUCUGAGAUUGAACUCUCAUUAGUUAUCAAAGAGCUAAUUAACUCUACUUGUAAUGGGUUAGAGAGAGGAAAUGAGCCUAUUCGGUCUACAGAUGGAACAGGAGGAGCUUACUUUAUGCAAGAUUCAUCUGGUCUGAGUUAUGUUUCUGUUUUUAAGCCAAUUGAUGAAGAGCCAAUGGCUGUGAAUAACCCGCGCGGUUUGCCACUGUCAUAUGAUGGUGAAGGCUUAAAAAAGGGAACGAGGGUGGGAGGGGGCGCACUAAGGGAAGUUGCAGCAUACCUUUUGGACCAUCCAAUGGAUGGACCUCGAACCUUCAAUAGUGAAAAGGGAUUUGCUGGUGUCCCCCCCACGGUUAUGGUCAAGUGCUUGCACAAAGGAUUCAAUUAUCCAGAUGGCUAUGAAUAUGAUCGCAAAAAUGUUAAGGUUGGGUCACUGCAAAUGUUUGUAAAGAAUGAUGGAAGUUGUGAAGAUAUGGGUCCUCGGGCGUUCCCUGUAGAUGAGGUACAUAAAAUUUCUGUAUUGGACAUAAGAUUGGCAAAUGCAGACAGGCAUGCUGGAAACAUAUUGGUUCAGAAAGACGGCAAAGGUGGUCGGAUUGUGCUUGUUCCAAUUGAUCAUGGCUACUGCUUGCCAGAGAGUUUUGAAGACUGCACAUUUGAGUGGCUUUAUUGGCCUCAAGCUCGGCAGCCUUAUUCCCCUGACAUUCUUGACUACAUCAAAUCAUUAGACGCUGAACAGGAUAUUGAACUUCUCAAGUUUCAUGGGUGGAACCUGCCGCCCAAGUGUGCUCGCAACUUUCGAAUUUCCACGAUGCUUCUAAAGAAAGGAGCGGAGAGAGGACUGACUCCCUUUACCAUCGGAAGCAUCGUGUGCAGAAAAACUGUGAAGGAAGAAUCUGUUAUUGAGCAGAUCAUCCACGAAGCAAUUGAAGCUGAGCUCCCAGGAACGAGUGAAGCCGCAUUUCUCAAGUCCGUGUCAACAAUUAUGGAUCGACGGCUUGAUCAUCUAAAGAAGGCCAUGUAGUAAAUGUGUAGACAUAUCAUAUAUGUUAUUAGGCAAGGGACUCUAGUUCAGCUACUGCUUGUUCAGUCUUUGGCACUCGUGUCCCAAUCAUUUAUUUAUUUAUUUAUUAAUAUCCUCUAUUAGUUGAAGCGUAUAAAAAUAAACCAAUACAAAGUAUUUGUAGU